AUGGAGAAAACUUUCACGGGUGCCAAGUGGUCUGCGCAUGCAAAGACGUAUACCUCGGUCUUUGGCUCGCUAACUUACCCGUGGGCAGUCGACUCACUACAAGUUGCACACCAUGAAAUUCUCCGGAAAUUCCAGCACCACGCAAGUGAGAUGCCAAGUGCUCCUUUUCACUUUUUAGACGUUGGCUGUGGCCCUGGAGCUCUUAGUUUUGAAUUUGCACGUCGGUAUCUUAGCACCUAUACGGACGCACGCGUCACCGCGUCGGAUUUUUCGGAUAAAAUGCUGGAGCAACUGACCGAAGCACUUGAGAAUGACCCCACUUUACGUCCGUUUCGAGCAGCAAUCACCCCGUUGCAAGCGGACGGGAUGUUACUAGCGAGCAUCCCAAAUGCAUCGGUUGAUAUAAUCGGAUCGAAUUUUGGAUGCAGCAUUUUUCCUGAUCGCAACAAAUCGUGGGCAGUUGCUCACCGAGUGCUGAAAGACGACGGUCUGUUGGUGGUCACGGCGUGGAGCGACAAGAGUUCGCAGAUGGCAUGGUUUGAUAAACUCACCGAGAUAUUUAAUGCUACAGAAGGUGGAGGAGAGCCGCUGAAAAAUCCGUCGUUGGUAGUAGCAACGGAUCGAGACAGGGUGCUGAAGGAGCUACAAGCUGCAGGGUUUCGUCAUGUCAAGUCUUACUGCACGACGCACACGAUCGUGUUCGACAACUUGGGGACGGUAGUGCAGGCAAGCAUGAACAAUCCGUUUGCUACCAAGUUCUUGGAGAGGCUGACAAAGGAACAGAUGGAAGUGACGCUGACCAAUCUGAUGGAAAAGGACAGUCAGAAAAAAGCCUACUGCGGGGAAGGUUCUGCUACAACGGAUAGUGGUGGUAUAUUCGUUGACGACGAAUGUCCGCAUUUGAUUCCAUUUUCUGCAUUCACGAUACUCGCACGAAAGUGA